CUUUUAUCUGAAGCUGAAACAGGAAAAAGGAGGAGAAAAAGAAGAUAAUGAAACUACACUUCAGAGAGGACAAUGAGGAAGAAAUAUUACAACAUGGUGGAAGACAUGAAAGGCAAAAUUAGAGUAUUUUGCAGGAUCAGACCUGUGAACCGAAACGAGGCUGCACAGGGUGGAGUCAUUGUUGUGGAUAAAAUCGACGAGUUCUCUGUCACCAUAGACACCCCACGUGGGCAGAGGGAGUUUCAGUUUGACAAGGUGUUCAGUGCUGAAGCCUCCCAGGAAGACUUGUUUCACGACACCAACAGGCUGAUCCAGUCAGCUAUCGAUGGUUACGUCUGUAUCUUUGCGUACGGCCAGACGGGCUCAGGAAAGACCUUCACUAUGGUGGGGGACAAGGAACAGAAGAACCCUGGGCUCAUGCCGCGAUCUUUUAAUGCCAUUUUUGACAUCAUACGGGAGAACAGCUCUAAAUUUGACUUCAAGGUUUCGGCCUAUAUGCUGGAACUGUACAACGACAGGCUGCAGGACCUCUUUGUGAGCCCGGCUGGUGAGGCCCAUGCACAACCUCAAUCCCAUGGCCAGGCCAGGCGGGUGGAGAUCAAGAGGAACAGAAAGGGGGUUGUGUUCGCCCAAGGAGCAGAGACAAAGGAGGCUUCCAGUGCCCAGGAGCUCUACGCUCUGUUCCAGCAGGCCUGCGCCAACCGACACAUCUCUGCCACCAAGAUGAAUGUGGAGAGUUCCCGCUCCCAUCUCAUUGUUGGCAUCAGAGUGGAGAGUAAGAAUCUGACUAAUGGGAGUGUGAGCACUGGGAAGCUGAGCCUGGUGGACCUGGCAGGCAGUGAGAGAGCCGCCAAGACUGGUGCCAAGGACCACCAGCUCAAGGAGGCAAACUCCAUUAACAAGUCCCUGAGUGCCCUGGGUGAUGUGAUCUCAGCCUUAUCUGCUGAACUGCCCCAUGUACCAUACAGGAAUAGUAAGCUGACACAGGUGAUGCAGGACUCAUUGGGUGGAAACGCCAAAACCCUCAUGAUCGUCAACAUCUCUCCUUCAGAAUGCAAUCUGGAUGAGACACUCACAUCUCUCGUCUAUGCAACCAGAGUGAAAGCCAUAACCAACAACGCUCAGAGAAACGUGGAAAGCAAAGAGAUUGCCCAGCUGAAAGAGGUGAUCAUGAAGCUGAAAUCUGGACAGUCAGUGGAAGACGUGGAUGUUUAAUGCACGAGUCAAUAUAUAUAACUGCGGGACUUUUUGUAGCAUAGUUGACAGGUAUCAUAGUUGACAUUUUUGCUGUUUUCAGGCCUAAAAUCAACAUGGCCACCGAUAACCAAACACCACAUGGUAUUUUUCUAGAAAGAUUCUUCUAAAAUAUGAUAUAUACACUCAGCAAAAAUAUAAACGGAACACUUUUGUUUUUGCUCCCAUUUUUAAUGAGAUGAACUCAAAGAUCUAAAACUUUUUCCACAUACACAAUAUCACCAUUUCUCUCAAAUAUUGUUCACAAAUCUGUCUAAAUCUGUGAUAGUGAGCACUUCUCCUUUGCUGAGAUAAUCCAUCCCACCUCACAGGUGUGCCAUAUCAAGAUGCUGAUUAGACACCAUGAUUAGUGCACAGGUGUGCCUUAGACUGCCCACAAUAAAAGGCCACUCUGAAAGGUGCAGUUUUAUCACAGCACAAUGCCACAGAUGUGGCAAGAUUUGAGGGAGCGUGCAAUUGGCAUGCUGACAGCAGGAAUGUCAACCACAGCUGUUGCUCAUGUACUGGAUGUUCACUUUUCGACCAUAAGCCGUCUCCAAAGGCGUUUCAGAGAAUUUGGCAGUACAUCCAACCAGCCUCACAACCGCAGGCCACGUGUAACCACACCAGCCCAGGACCUCCACAUCCAGCAUGUUCACCUCCAAGAUGGUCUGAGACCAGCCACUCGGACAGCUGCUGAAACAAUCGGUUUGCAUAAGCAAAGAAUUUCUGCACAAACUGUCAGAAACCGUCCCAGGGAAGCUCAUCUGCAUGCUUGUCGUCCUCAACGGGGUCUCCACCUGACUCCAGUUCGUGGUCGUAACCAACUUGAGUGGGCAAAUGCUCACAUCCAAUGGCGUCUGGCGCAUUGGAGAGGUGUUCUCUUCACGGAUGAAUCCCGGUUUACACUGUUCAGGGCAGAUGGCAGACAGCGUGUGUGGCGUUGUGUGGGUGAGCGGUUUUCUGAUGUCAGUGUUGUGGAUGGAGUGGCCCAUGGUGGCGGUGGGGUUAUGGUAUGGGCAGGCGUGUGUUAUGGAUGAAGAACACAGGUGCAUUUUAUUGAUGGCAUUUUGAAUGCACAGAGAUACCGUGACGAGAUCCUGAGCCCCAUUGUUGUGCCAUACAUCCAAGAACAUCACCUCAUGUUGCAGCAGGAUAAUGCACGGCCCCAUGUUACAAGGAUCUGUACAUAAUUCUUGGAAGCUGAAAACAUCCCAGUUCUUGCAUGGCCAGCAUACUCACCGGACCUGUCCCCCAUUGAGCAUGUUUGGGAUGCUCUGGAUCGGCAUAUAGGACAGCGUGUACCAGUUCUUGCCGAUAUCCAGCAACUUCACACAGCCAUUGAAGAGGAGUGGACCCCCCAAUAAAACAAAACUGCACCUUUCAGAGUGACCUUUUAUUGUGGGCAGUCUAAGGCACACCUGUGCACUAAUCAUGGUGUCUAAUCAGCAUCUUGAUAUGGCACACCUGUGAGGUGGGAUGGAUUAUCUCAGCAAAGGAGAAGUGCUCACUGUCACAGAUUUAGACAGAUUUGUGAACAAUAUUUGAGAGAAAUGGUGAUAUUGGGUAUGUGGAAAAAGUUUUAGAUCUUUGAGUUCAUCUCAUAAAAAAUGGGAGCAAAAACAAAAGUUAGAUUUUUGUUGAGUGUACAAUUAAGUAAAAUUGAAAUUAAAAGUUAUUUAUAAAUAUAUUGUAGUAAACCUGUUGAAAUGCGAUAAAUCUGCACUUGACUCACACACUACUUUAUAUUAAAUAAAAAAAGAAAGCCUUGGAGUCUGACCAGUCUUUUCUUCAGGAGGAAAUGACAUCAUGUGGAGCAGGUCAUGUGAUCUGUAAUUAACACACUUCCUUGAGAGGUGUUUUUGUAACGGGUAACUUAGUUGAAAGUGGUUUCUUGGAAACAUAUACCAAUUGAUAUUUUCCAUAUAAAAUUUGAUAUAUUGGCAAAAAAGACAAAUAUGUCAUGAUUUUCUCAGCUUAACAAAAAAACACAAUCAAAACUAUUUUUGACUAAGCUCAUUUUUUAAUUGUUUAUCUAAUUAGGAGGUGGUUGUUACUAAAUUUGGAUGGUUAUUUGGUUGACAUUUGAAUGAUUUCCAGUAUUUUUUUUAUUAAUAAGUGACUGUUUUCAUAAAUAAUAAUUAUGGAAUUUGUAAAGAAAUUAUCAUAAUGAACAUAAAUAACAUUUUUUUUAAUUUUUAAUAAAAAAUGUAUGCAAGAUUUACCCCAUGGACUUCUAAAGUUAUAUAUCGACUCUACAUGGUGCAUAAUCCUGCAGUAAAUUGGUGACAUUAGACUGUUUAAACCAUUUCAUUUAUAUGCUCUGUUUAAACUCUACGUGCUUAUGAGCUAUCAUAAUUUUUAACAUCAUCAAAUUAUUUCAUCAUGUGUGGGGAUGGAUGACAUCAUAACGGGCACACUGACAGCUGCGUUCAGAAGAUUGCGUGCAGUUUUUUAAUUGGUGCUGCCCACUCAGAUCUAUAGAAGGAGGCCCCCACAAUGCAGGGCCUCAUGUGUAACUGAAGAGGCAAAUAGGAAGUCAGUCAGUCAUCCAGUUUGCACUUCUACUGUAUGUGGUAAAAGGCAACAUGCUGACGCUUGAGAAAUGAGUGUCCAAAGCUCAUGAUCUGUUCCUAUCGUCUUGAAAGGUCAGCUCCGAUGGCUGGGAAUAGACUCUUUCUAUAGCGCGCAAUGUUACACUACUUUGUUGUUUUUCUUGUGUCUGACCAGAGAUAGAGUCAGUAAAAUUAGAACUUCAUGGCAAAAGGUACAAAUAAAUGUAAGAAAGACUGCACUUUGCUGAAUUAAUUUGUAGAUUUUUGGUAAUAAUCUAUCAUAUGAACUCAACAAACUACACAGAUUCAUUUCUCUUUAAUGUUUCAUCCGUGCGGAAAAAAAGCAAUAUUUUAAGUGAGCAGUCAUAGAGAGGUUGAUUCUGGUUUUUCUUGACAUGUUUCAGUCUCACUGCAGGCUCAGAGUAAAGCAGUCCCAGCAACGACAGACUCUGUUAGAGUCAGGGUGGCAUUUUAGCACUUAUGGGGGUUGAAAGUUUCUAUAAGUAGACUAUGUUUGCCUGUAAUUGGGCCCUGUCAUAAUUGUCCAGCACUUUUAUUCUAUGCCACGGGCCUCACAAGGGGUCGUCUUUGUUACAACAUGAGAGCCAGAUUCCGUGCUUUGCGUGCUACGUUUUAUUGGCUGCUUUAGAUUAGAGGCCACUCAGCACAUGUUGACUGUGAUUUGUUAUUCUUAAUGACGGCCACGGUUUAAAUCAUACUGUGAGCUCUGUGGACUAGAACAAAGUGAGGGACAAAGGCACAGUGAGCCACAGCGAGCACAUGGAGAGGGAACAGGGUUGAUUAGGGGGCCGAGGUCUCAUCCUCUGGGUGUGUUUUGUUAAUUAAUCACCACAAACCAAUUUGCUGCUGUAAAGGGUUUGUACAUGGCUACACACAGGCAAACUGGGAAAGAUGCCUUUAAUACAAUAAAUGGCUACAGGCCUCUGCUGUUAUAUGACCUCUGUCUGGCCUUUGAAGUCAUUGUGGGCCUUACAAUCUCUCUACAAUAAGAUUUACAUGACAGAAUCACCUUGGAAAUAAGAAUUACUAGACAAUAAACUGACUAAAUGAAUAUUUUAUUCAGCCUGUAUCAAAAACAACUAACCGUAAAUUUGUUUUACAAUAUAUAUUAAAAAAAUUAUUUGACGUGUAGUGUUAUUUUCCUAAAAUAGUCAGUAGAAAUAUCAAGCAUAUACCAAAACUGAGAGCAUGUUGUCUAUUAGGUGCAUUACUGAUUACUGAUGUGACAGGUGAAUGUAAGUUAAAGUGCAUUUGACUUACCAGAUAUUUUUUGCUAAAUUUUAAGACUAUAUUUUUGUAUUUCUGUACUCUGUAAAUGCAAACGUUGCCCUUAUUUACAUUAAAUAAUGCAUUUAUCUUAAUAUAUUACAGUCUUUUACUUGCUGUUUAUUGUUAUUUUAAGUAUGUUGUAUUAAGACUUUGGUCGUUGUGAAUGUGUAAUAUGGUUUACAAUGUCUGCGUGAUUCAGAACCGUGUUUAGCUAGAGAGAAGCCAUGACUGAGACUUCUGCUGCAAUUUUUGCCAGGUAGUCAGCAUCUAUGUUAAGGGUUAUUGUCCAA